AUGGCACCCGGGCAGGGAGGCAAGAGGAAACGCGCUGAUCGUAACUGGAACAACUACUCUCCGAAUACCGAAAGUCCGCGACCCUCACCCCAUCGCCCCGGCGCGCUCAAUAUGGCAGGCGGCGGUCAUCCGCCAAAUUCCCCACGAGACCAGCAGGACGGACGUGAAAGAUCCCGUCGGCAAUCCAACCGCGGGCCUGGUGGCCGAAACAAUUCCAACCGCCAGUCUUACGACAAUCAGAAUUUUUCGAGUUCCCAGCAGAGAGGACCCAGCGCAAUGUCUCCUCCCCCGCCGGCUCAACCCAAGGAUGUCCCAGAGACCUCGCAGACCAAUGGCGAUUCCUUGGUUACUCAAGCUUCACCUUCGCCUGCGCCUAAUACCCCCAUCCUCCAUUCACAGCCGCGACCUACAUCCCGAUCCGGUUCCGAGGUCACCGUCACUCCCGUCACUCGCCCCACUGGCCCUCCUCCUCCCUAUGAUUACGAGUACAUCACAGAUGCCGAUGUCAAAGACUGGUCCUCAGUAGGAAAGCAGAAGGUCGUGGAAGAAGGGACCUUGACUCGUUCACAACAGGAUAUUCCGCGCCUAGCGUCGAUCUUCCAGGAGCUUAUUCGGUCUGCGAUUUACGGUCGCCUUUCCCCGUCCGAAGCCGGUUCCGCCAUCAAGAGUAUCCUUGAAGAGAAAAGCACAUCACAAGAUGUGGAUAUGGAUGUGAAUGGACAUCAGUCUUCAAGCUCUCAGCUUGAUUCGCGCUCUUUAUUCCUUGACACGCUUUCAAUUGUUACGGACGCCGACACAUCCAAUCCUGCUCUUAAGCCCCUCGUCUUCGCGACCGCUAUACCCCCUGAUCUCAUGCGCCUUCAACUUGAAACACCGCUAUUACAGUCAUUGGGAUUGGUUCGUGAGACAUUUGCGCGCAUGGGUAUUCGCAAACAGACCAACUUGCUUUACCGACAAUCAAAUUACAAUCUCCUACGUGAAGAGUCCGAGGGCUACUCGAAACUACUCACAGAACUCUUCACAACCAGCAACAAUGAAAGACCUUCCAGCGAGGUGGUUGAAGAUACAUUCGAACGAGUGAAGGCCAUGAUCGGAGCCUUUGAUAUGGAUGUUGGUCGAGUUCUUGAUGUGACAUUAGACGUCUUUGCAGCCGUUCUUGUCAAGCAAUACCGCUUCUUCGUCAAGCUGCUUCGCGCCAGCUCCUGGUGGCCGAAAGAGGACCCACUUUACGCAGUUGAAGGAAUCCAACGUACCUCAGGCCUGCCGACUUGGGCUCUCCCUGGAUCAUCAGGGUGGGUCACCACUGAAGAGGAACGGGCCGAGACCAUGAAAGCGAAUGAGCAGCGAGAUCGAGAAUUCUGGGAUCGUGCGCGCCAGGUUGGAAUCCAAGCGUUCUUUGAGCUUGGUCGCAAGCCACUUUCAGAUGAAGAAAAACUGGCUGUACUUCCAGAACCCAACAGUCUCCCUGAAGAGGAAGAUGCAACAAAGGCCUGGGUUCAAGAGACAGGAACAUUACCACCAAAGGGUAACCGAGUCGCCGCCCAUCUGCUCGGAUUCAAGCUGCGAUUUUACUCUUCCACAGCUCGGACCAAGUCCGAUGUCUUGCCUGACAAUCUCAUCUAUCUGGCUGCGCUCCUUAUUAAAGUAGGAUUCAUCUCGCUCCGUGAUCUCUAUGCCCAUCUUUGGAGACCCGAUGAAUCCAUGGAUGCGCUCAAGACGGAAAAAAUGACAGAGAAAGCGGAACGAGAAAAGGCCGCGCGACCAGGAGGUGGAGUCAAUGCUCUCAUGAUGGCUGGUGCUCUCACAGAUGACACAGCUCCGCCAAUUCGUCUUCGCGACUCGGAGACACGAAUGGCCACCCCAUCAAAAGACCAAGACGCCGAUAAACAAUCAGCAAGAAUAGAGGACGACCUUCCAGAACCAUCAGAUCAAAAGGUCUUGCUAUUGAAGAGCCUUUUGGCCAUCGGUGCCAUCCCCGAGGCUCUCUUUGUUAUGAGUAAAUUUCCAUGGCUUAUGGAUGGAUUCCCCGAACUUCCUGAUUUCAUCCAUCGCAUCCUCCACCAUUGUCUCAGCAAGGUCUACGCACCCCUGCGUCCCGUUAACCCUGCCACGAACCCUUCGGAAACUUUCCCUGGCCAACAACAAAUAUUGAGCACAGACCAAUCCGGUAUGGCAAAGGGCAAGCUUCGAUUUGUACAGCCCCCUGCACGACGAGUUCUUAGAUGGGCUCAGUUGGACAAAGAAGACACCAGUGAUGGAACCGACUACCGCUUUUAUUGGGACGACUGGGCAGACAAUAUUCCGAUCUGCCAAUCCGUUGAUGAUGUAUUUGCUCUUUGCUCCUCUUUCCUUAAUCUAUCUGGCCACAAGAUUGGACAAGAUACAACCUUACUAGCCAAGCUCGCGCGCAUUGGUAAGCACAGUCUGACCCAUGAUGGUUCAGAAGAGAACAGAACUCGCUGGCGAGACCUGUGCAAGCGCCUUCUACUUCCCUCUCUGAGUUUGACCAAGGCAAAUGCUGGUAUUGUGAACGAGGUGUAUGAUCUCAUCAGUUUCUUCCCUCGUGAUGUUCGGUACAACAUGUACGCCGAGUGGUACUCGGGCCAGACGUCCAGACUACCUGAUAUCAAGUCCGCCUUUGAUCAAGCAAGAGCCGAGACCAAGGACGUUCUAAAGAGGCUGAGCAAAACUACUGUCAAGCCUAUGGCGCGUGCACUUGCCAAGAUUGCUUAUGCCAACCCAGGCAUCGUCAUCAAUGUGGCCAUCAGCCAAAUUGAGUCGUACGAGAACCUUAUCGACGUCGUGGUAGAGUGUGCUCGGUUCUUCACAGACCUGGGCUAUGAUAUCUUGACUUGGUCACUGAUCAACUCUCUUGGUCAAAAAGGAAGAAGUCGUGUACAGGAUGGUGGCUUGCUCACCAGUCGUUGGUUGAAUGCUUUGGCCGCCUUUGCAGGCCGAACAUUCAAGCGAUAUCCAGUCAUGGACCCAAGUCCGCUGCUUCAGUAUGUCGUGGAGCAGCUACGCCAUAACAACUCAACCGACCUCAUCGUUCUAGAACAGUUAAUUAGUUCGAUGGCUGGUAUCAUUUCCGACACCAACUUCAAUGACAACCAGAUCCAAGCGAUGGCAGGUGGUACAUUGCUUCAGUCACAGACAAUCCUGCAGCUGCUUGAUAAGCGCCACUUGUCAAAGAUUACCUCCAGGCGUUUGGUCAAGUCAUUGACCAAUACCCGACUGGCCGGUCAACUUUUGGUUGCAAUCGCCCAGGAGCGUCUCACUUGUGUUUUUAACGAGACAUCGUCCGAGCUCAAGUUGCUCGGAAAUAUUUUCGACGAGAUUCACCGCAUUCUUACACAGUACCUUGAUCUCCUGCGCAGCAACUUGACAAUAGAUGAGUUUGACUCUUUUGUCCCCGACCUUGCCUCUUUGAUUAAAGAAUUCGGCGUUCAACCGGAAAUUGCUUUCUGGAUUCGACGAAUCAGCGUCUCCCAAAAGAUUGCUGACUUUGAACACUCAAGACAGGAGGUCGAACCUUCUACCAAAGAAAGCAAUCAAAUUGAAGAUGUACAGAUGGACAAUACCGAUGACGGAGAGGCAAAGGCGGAAAAAUCGGAUGAGACCGCAGUGGAAACAGGCAUGGAGGUUGACAAAGAUGAGAACACCACGCCUUCCUCAGCUUCUCUAGGUCCAUUGUCUGCCAACCCUGUGAUGCAAGACUUGAUCGAUAACGUCAGGUCUGUCUUGCCUGUUGAAAUCUGGGAUGUAGUCGGACCGCAUUUCUACGCAACUUUCUGGCAGCUAUGUCUUUACGAUGUACAUGUUCCUGGAAAAUCCUACGAAGAUGAGAUUGAUCGACUGAAGCGCCGAAUGAUCAUGAUCAACAAUGAUCGCUCGGAUCUGAGUAUGGCUGGCACGAAACGGAAGGAGCAAGAAAAGAAGCAGAUCACUCAGCUUCAAGAUCGAAUUCUUGACGAGAACAAGCACCAUUUGAAGACGUAUGAUCAGACUAGGAAACGGUUGCAAAAGGAGAAAGACCGUUGGUUCGCUGGCAUGCGCCUUAAGCACGAUGCACUGAACGUCGCACUCCUGGAGCAAUGCUUCAUUCCUCGCUUGUUCUUGUCCCCCAUCGACGCAUUUUUCUCAUUCAAAAUGCUCAAGUUCCUGCACAGCUCCGGCACUCCCAACUUCCGAACUGUCGGUUUGAUUGACCAACUAUUCCGUGAACAACGGCUCACAGCACUCAUCUUCCUUUGUACUUCAAACGAGGCUGAUAAUCUUGGACGGUUCCUGAAUGAGGUCCUGCGGGACCUUGGUCGCUGGCACGCUGAUAAGUCUGUCUACGAGAAGGAAGCAUUUGGUGCCAAGCGAGACCUUCCUGGAUUUGCUAAGAAUGUGGACCCCGAAGGCGUUCCAGUAAUGUUUUUGGAGUUUGAGGAUUUCCGGCGUUUGCUGUACAAGUGGCACCGCUUGUUCUCAAAUGCACUGAAGACUUGCCUCAAUGGUGGAGAAUAUAUGCACAUUCGCAAUGCUAUCAGUGUUCUCAAGGCUGUUGUUGUCAAUUUCCCGGCUGUUAACUGGAUUGGCCGUGAUAUGCUGAACUGUGUGAACAGCUUGAGCAAGAACGAUGAAAGAGAUGAUGUCAAGAUUCCUGCCGCCUCACUUAUUGGAGAUCUCAAUCGGCGAGAGAAGAAGUGGAUGCUUCCCCAAGAGUUUAACCUUGUCAAGACCCUGCCGGGUGAACCUGGACAGCCCAAGUCUGGUUCCCAACCUCCUGGAGGAUCCUCCACCCCGACGCACUUGAAUGCUUCAGCGCCUGAAUUCCAGCCCACAACCCAAGAAUCCACUGAUAUGAAGCAAGAUGCACCUGGCAGGACUGAAGUUGAGGAUGGUGAGAUCGAAGACGCCAAAAUUGCAGAGUCUGCCGAGGCUACGCAAAAUUCCGUAUCAACAUCUCAAGCUGAGAAUGCUCAAGAUUCAACCACCAAAUAUUACUCAAUGGACAUCAGUGGGGACUCAACACACAUUAGCCGUCUGUCGGCAGAACAACACGGCCAGGCGGACCCGCAAUCGCGGCCUCGGCCAACCUCCCGCGCUCCAGAUUCAGGACACAUGCCAGAUAUCCCGAAACGUCCAGAGUCUGACCGCAUCGAUCCGCGGGAACAAGCGCGUCGUCCCCGAAUUAGCGAAGGCAGCAGGUUGCCCGAAAGCAGCAGGUUACCCGCACGUCCUGAACCCGUGGAUGACCGUCACAGACACGACUUUAACCCGCGAACUCGCCAUGCUCCCGAGCAUCUUCGUUCGUUCGAUGGACCCCCUGGAGAUAAUAGAGGACAUGGACGUACCUUGGAUCGUGAGCGCGAAUUUCCGAUGAGGCCCCUCCCAGAUGAUCCAAUGCGCGGUGGCCCACCAUACCGUGAUGCACGCUUGCCAAGGGAGCCGGAGUGGCCUAUGGAUCGCCAAGGACGCAUGCGUCCUUCUGAUUCUUUCCAUGGACCUGAACCUCCUGUCCGAACUGAGCUCAUGCCUGAUUACCCUGAUCGGCCUGGCAGCGGUCCUCGUCGUGGCGAGUCAGCUCGCCCAGACAAAGAUGAUCGACGUCCCUACCCAACGCGCGGCCCGUCUCCCCCACGAUCCGAGUUACCCAAUCGCCCAGAGCGAUUCCCCAACGAUCGCCGUGCCGCCAGCUUUAACCAGCCACCCCCUCCGCCUCCCCGCUCCGAUGACCUCCCAAGGGGUCCACGCAGCGAUCGUGUUGCCGCUGAAUCAAGAGACCCGCCAACUGGUCCAGAUAUGGAGCACGGCCGGUUGCAGCCUCCUCCGAAUGAUAUUCCAUCUGGGCCGAGUCGGUCCAGACGAAAUGGCCGUAACGCUCCUAAUUCGCAGCCUGCUCCAGCCUUGGCCAAUGGCAAAAUUCCUACCCCUGACAACCAAAUGCCAACAGGCCCCGGCCGGCAACAAGGUGGACGUGUAGGACCAGCUCAGACUCCUGCCACUCAACCACCAACUUCCGAGCGGGGAGAACCCUCGGGAAUCCAUCCUGAUCGACUUAAGUUUAAUUUUGACGGCUCUCAGCCUCCCCCCUCCGGCCCCCGUAACGCACCUAACACACCUAACGCACCCAACGCACCCAGUGGGCAAUCAGGAUCGCGUGGGUCGGGCAACGACCGCGGACGCAGUGAUAAACGGUUUGCCGGGCUCAGUACCAUGCUUGCGCAACAGCAAACAAACAGCCCUGCUGAUCGCGUCACUGCCACCCCGCCAUCUCGCAGUCGAGGGGCAAACCGACAAUCGAAUGCUUCAGUAAACGCUUCUCCUCAAAUUUCGAACCGUCCCCCCACUGGUCCAGCUGCAUCUGGAGAUGACAAUAACUCCCGCAGCGGUGGCCGAGGUAGUGACUUGAUUGAUGAUGCUCCUACGUCUGAGCCUCGACGCUCGGGACGUGAUCGUGAUCGUGACAGUCACCGUGAGGGUCGCGAACGUCGUGGCGAAGAUUCCACGAACAGUAGUGGUAACAGUCGCCGUGAAGAGCGUCGCGAGCGUGAUCGGAACCGACGCGGCGAGGUUGAUGGUGGCGCCGGUCGAGAAGAUAAGGACCGUGAUCGUCAUACUGAUUCCCGCGACUCUGUGCGUCGCAACCCGAGCUCGCGUGAAGAGGCCAGACGUCGAGACCGUCGAGACCGAGAUGAUGGCCCAUCAGAGACAGGCGGCCCUAAUUCUAACAAUGUCAAUGCGAACUCCAAUACCAACGAAAAUGAGGGUCGCAUUCGUCCUUCUUCGUCAAUGGGAGCACCUCCACCUCCGCCGCCUCCACCCCCUCCGCCUCCAUUGCCCACCGAUGAAAACCCACGUCGCUGGAGCUCUGGUGGAGACCGCGGUAAUCGAUCCGAGAACCGCGAUCGUGAGCGAGAGCGCCGAGGUGACCGCGGACGUGAUCGUGAUCACCGAGAGAGUGGUGGUGGUUCAAGCCAUCGCAAACGUGGACGCCCCAAUCCCGACGAUAAUUCUGGUGGUGGUGAUGGAGGUCAGCGUGGCCAACGUUCGGGCAAUGACAACAAACGUCCCCGUCGGGGACAGUGA